GCCACCGCCUCCUCCUCCUCCUUUUCCUCCUCCGGGCCGCGCCCCUGCGCGAGCUGGCUCCCUGAGCCGCUGCCUCGGUCCUAGGCUGCCAAGGGAAGUUGGGUGUCCCUGGCUUCGGCCCCCCGCCGACCUGCGCAGCCCUCCUCCCCAGGAGCCCCGCGCCGGAUUCUUAUAUUUGCAUAAUGACUAAGUUUUAAUUGAAAGAGAAGCAUAACACAUCUUCAUUCAGUAUGGAAACCGUUUUGACAGAAGGCGGGGAUCUUGAACGAAAUUUGCAUGUUGGUGAUGCCAAAGAUGUCCAUGGGCCAUCAACUUUGGUAACAAACAAUGAUGAUUCACACCUUCUGACCUCAGCAGCAAAGAUGAAUCAGCGACAGGGAAAAGAAGCCUACCUAACUCCAACCAAAGAUUUGCUUCAGCCAUCACUGAGUCCAGGAAGUGCUCACAGCCAGGGUUUUGAAAGAGGAAAAGAUGAUCUAUCUCAAAAUAGAGAAGAGACAUCACAUUCUAUGUCAAAAAGCAAGUCUGAAUCCAAACUUUAUAAUGGCUCAGAGAAGGACAUUUCAUCUUCAAGCAAGCUCACCAAAAAGGAAUCUCUUAAGGUACAAAAGAAAAAUUACCGAGAAGAAAAGAAAAGAGCCACAAAAGAAUUACUCAGUACAAUCACAGAUCCUUCAGUCAUUGUUAUGGCUGAUUGGCUGAAGAUUCGUGGUACACUUAAGAGCUGGACCAAGCUUUGGUGUGUGCUGAAACCUGGAGUGUUGCUGAUUUAUAAAACCCAAAAAAAUGGUCAGUGGGUGGGAACAGUGCUUCUGAAUGCCUGUGAACUUAUUGAGCGGCCAUCUAAAAAGGAUGGCUUUUGUUUCAAACUUUUCCAUCCUUUGGAACAGUCCAUUUGGGCAGUUAAGGGCCCAAAAGGUGAAGCAGUUGGAUCUAUAACUCAGCCAUUACCUAGCAGUUACUUGAUCAUCCGAGCUACUUCAGAGUCAGAUGGCAGGUGCUGGAUGGAUGCUUUGGAACUGGCUUUGAAAUGUUCCAGUCUUCUUAAACGUACAAUGAUCAGGGAAGGGAAAGAACAUGACCUGAGCAUAUCAUCUGAAAAUUCACACGUGACCUUCUAUGGCUUACUACGUGCUAACAAUCUCCACAGUGGCGACAACUUCCAAUUAAAUGACAGUGAAAUUGAACGACAACAUUUUAAGGACCAAGAUAUGUACUCUGACAAAUCUGAUAAGGAAAAUGAUCAAGAGCAUGAUGAAUCGGACAAUGAAGGAAUUGGGAAAAGUGAAGAAAGCGAUACAGAUACAUCAGAAAGACAGGAUGACUCCUACAUUGAUCCUGAGCCCACUGAAGUUCUGAAAGAAACAACGUAUACAGAACAGGGCCAGGAAGAACUUGGAGAGGCAGGUGAGGCUUCUCAAACAGAAACUGUAUCAGAAGAAAACAAAAGUCUUAUAUGGACAUUACUGAAACAAGUUCGUCCAGGCAUGGACCUGUCCCGGGUUGUUCUACCUACAUUCAUCUUGGAACCUCGUUCUUUUCUGGAUAAACUCUCAGAUUACUAUUAUCAUGCAGAUUUCCUCUCAGAGGCAUCUCUUGAAGAAAAUCCUUACUUCCGCCUGAAAAAAGUAGUGAAAUGGUAUUUGUCAGGAUUCUAUAAAAAGCCAAAGGGAUUAAAGAAACCAUAUAAUCCUAUACUUGGUGAGACUUUCCGCUGCCUCUGGGUUCAUCCUAGAACAAACAGCAAGACUUUUUACAUUGCUGAACAGGUGUCCCAUCACCCACCUAUUUCUGCCUUCUAUAUUAGCAACCGAAAGGAUGGGUUUUGCCUUAGUGGUAGUAUCCUGGCCAAGUCCAAGUUCUAUGGGAAUUCACUAUCUGCCUUACUGGAAGGAGAAGCGCGCUUAACUUUUUUGAAUAGAGGUGAAGAUUAUGUGAUGACGAUGCCAUAUGCUCAUUGUAAAGGAAUUCUCUAUGGCACGAUGACUUUGGAGCUUGGGGGAACUGUCAACAUUACAUGUCAGAAGACGGGAUAUAGUGCCGUACUUGAAUUCAAAUUAAAGCCAUUUCUAGGUAGCAGUGACUGUGUUAAUCAGAUAUCAGGGAAGCUUAAACUGGGAAAAGAAGUGUUAGCUACUUUGGAAGGCCAUUGGGAUAGUGAAGUUAUUAUUAAUGAUAAGAAGACUGAUUCUUCAGAGGCUUUCUGGAAUCCAACUAAUGAAAUUAAGCAGCGGAGACUAAUAAGACACACUGUAAAAUUUGAAGAGCAGGAACCAUUUGAAUCAGAGAAGCUGUGGCAACGGGUUACUCGGGCCAUAAAUGUCAAAGACCAGACAGAAGCUACUCAAGAGAAAUAUGUUUUAGAAGAAGCUCAAAGAAAGGCUGCCAGAGACCGGAAAGGGAAAAAUGAAGAAUGGGUUUGCAAGUUAUUUGAACUUGAUGCUACCACAGGAGAAUGGCAUUAUAGAUACUCUGAUACCCGGCCAUGGGAUCCUCUGAAUGAUCUGAUACAGUUUGAAAAGGAUGGUGUCAUCCAAACGAAAGUCAGACAUCGGACACCAAUGGUUAGUGUUCCAAAAAUGAAGCAUAAGCCAAGCAGGCAGCCGAAGAAAGCUGGAAAAGGUUAUUCUUCUCCAGAACUUGACAUCCAAGACUCUUCUGGAAGUGAAGCUCAAGUACUAAAACCAAGUUCAAGAAGAAAGAAGACAGUAGAUCUUGGAGACCUACAGUGUUCCAUUGACUGUAUAAAACAAACACAGGAAGAAAUUAAAAGAAAUAUCGUGGCUCUACGAAAUCAUCUUAUUUCAAGUUCAUCAGUCACUGACACUUUCCUACAACCAAGAGACUACUUCAUCAUAUUCCUGCUGAUUUUGCUACAGAUCAUAAUAAACUUCAUGUUUAAGUAGAAUUCUUAUAUAAUUGAAUCAAUGAAAUGGAAUGAUUAGACAUAGCCUGGGACCAUUUUUCAAAUUGGUUUGGACUUAUUCAAACAAUGCAAUAUUUCUAAAAGAACCUUACAUAAAUCUAGAA